AAGCACUCCAGGCUGUGAACGUCCCUAUUAAGUCCCUAUUAAAGCGCAACUUCGCUCGAGCGGAGCCUCGAAUAUCGAAUAGGCGGUUGUAGUAGGCCUCAGAACGCGGCGAUGUCGAUGCUGUUGACGCGACUGGUGUCACCUACGCGUAGUGCUGUGUGCAGGAGCCCGAGAUAUGGUUCUAUGUGUAUGCGUACACUGAGUACCGCUGGCAAUGGCAAGACUGACCAAGCGCUUCGUCGGUCAUAUCUCUACGUACCCUCGUCGUCUGACCGGAUGCUGGAUAAGUCUUUGAGCACACCAUCCGACGACAGCGUGCCACCUUCUCCUCACGACAAAGACAGUGCGAGACAACGGCUGAGUACUCACACACCAGAGCACAAGCUUCCGCACCCCGAGCGUAUCGCUGUCCGCCUAAAUGACAUUACUACACCUUUUUUCGAGAACGAUAUAUCCGAAAUCCUGAAGUCACCCUUCGUCCGAACACUCGUGCUGCCCAAGAUCCACUCCGUCCGCGACCUUCAUCACGUCUCGCGAGCCAUUCGAACUUCACGGGACAGAACCUCCACGUCGUUCCCUAUACGCAUCGUUGCGAGUGUUGAAAGCGCCCGCAGUGCGUGGAAUCUCGGGGAGAUUGCUUCUUGGACUUCGGAGUACGGCCCAGAUGCCGGCGGGAAGUUGGGCGCUCUACUCGUAUAUUGUGCUGAUACGUCGGUGGUGCGGACGCCUUCGAGGCUUGAACUUCUCUAUGUACGCUCCCAAAUUGCAAUUGCUGCCAAGGCUUUCGGAUUGGAUUCCAUAGAUAUGGUCUGUGUCAACUACAAAGACCUCAACUAUCUGAAAGACGAAUGCGAAGAUGGCCGGAGGCUUGGUUUCAACGGCAAGCAAGCCAUUCACCCCACACAGGUUGACAUCAUUCAUUCGACAUUUGUUCCUACGGAGAAGGAAAUUCUUCGCGCCGCAACUAUUCUUCGCCAGAUGGAAGUUGCGCAUUCCUCUCAAAAGGGUGCCUUUGGCCUGGAGAUGGAGGGGGGCGGUAAAGAGAUGAUUGACGCUCCAAUGUUGAAACAGGCUGAGAAUAUUAUUCGGGUAGCCAAGGCAGCAGGCUUGGAAAUUCCUGGUGUAGGUUAAUUGCGAAAGAAUGUAUUAUGCUCAGGUGCAGUGAAUGGCAAGCCCUUGACUAUCUU